UCUGGUCUCACCGGUACGUCGAAAGAAAAUUCCUAUCCUCGCCAAGGCACGGAAAGGGGAACAAUUUUCAUUCCACAGCGCCCGAUCGGUGUGCCGGCACGGCCGGUGGCUACCUCAUGACCGGAAGCCCAGCCAAGUCCAGAGCCAAGCCCGAAAGAAGGCAAUCCGUUUAGUCGGUCAAUCCAGCAUCAGGAGGUGCCCCAACGUCGACGGAGGUUAUCGGAGUGCGUUUCUAUGUGCUCGGAGCUUGUGCUCGGUGAAAGAAAAAUCGUGCGAUGAGUGGCCUUUGAGUGAACCGUGCUUCUGUUUUCUGUGUUCUCGCGCUCAGUGAUCGUGCGUUUGUAUUUGUGAGCCCGCGUCCCCAAGAAGAGCCCGCUCGGCGAAUAUUCUCGGAGGAAUUGCAAUGGAUUCGUGAGAGCGCACCAUGCUGGAGCUUGCUGGCCUCCUAUGAUGGCAUCACUGUCGCCUACGGAUAUCUCGCGGCGAAACCCCCAGGAUGAGUACGAACUGGUGCAGCGGGUCGGCAGCGGAACGUACGGCGAUGUCUACAAGGCGAAGAGGCUAUCCACCGGUGAGAUGGCGGCCAUUAAGGUCAUCAAGUUGGAACCAGGGGACGAGUUUGGAGUCAUCCAGCAGGAAAUCCUCAUGAUGAAGGACUGCCGGCACCCGAACAUUGUCGCCUACUUUGGUUCCUACUUACGACGCGACAAGCUCUGGAUUUGCAUGGAGUACUGCGGAGGAGGAUCGCUACAAGACAUCUACCACAUCACGGGCCCCCUGAGUGAGCAGCAGAUAGCUUACAUGUGUCGGGAGACGCUCAAAGGCCUCGCGUACCUGCACUACGUGGGCAAGAUGCAUCGGGACGUCAAGGGCGCCAACAUUCUCCUCACCGACGAUGGUGACGUCAAGCUCGCCGAUUUUGGUGUGUCUGCCCAGAUCACUGCCACCAUCAGCAAGCGGAAGUCAUUCAUUGGAACGCCAUAUUGGAUGGCGCCCGAGGUAGCGGCCGUGGAGCGCAAGGGUGGCUACAACCAGCAGUGCGACAUCUGGGCGGUGGGCAUCACGGCGAUCGAGCUCGCCGAGCUGCAGCCCCCGAUGUUCGACCUGCACCCCAUGCGGGCCCUCUUCCUCAUGUCCAAGUCGGGCUUCAAGCCACCCCAGCUCAAGGACAAGGUCAAAUGGUCCCAGAACUUCCACCAUUUCGUCAAGGUGGCCCUCACCAAGAACCCCAAGAAAAGGCCUACGGCCGAGCGGUUACUCAUGCACCCUUUCCUCAACGGAGACCACCUGACCAAGCGACUGGCACGGGAACUCCUGGAGAAAGUCAACAACCCGCACAACAACUACAGCGAACUGGACCCGGAUGAUGAAGGGAUCCUGUACAACGUGCCACAAAGGAUUGCGUCUCAGCGGUCUGCGCGGACAGCGGAGCGGCCACACUCAGAACUCAACAUGGACAAUGUCAGCUUUGAACAACGAGUUUUCACGGAGCUUGGUGACUCGACAAAUCAGAAUGCACCAGUGCACAAUGGCCAGGGCAACAACCACUAUGAUCUGGCAACGGCGUGGAUGGAGCGGGACAGCGAGACGGAGGAGAUCCAACGUGCUGGGCCGAUCGCGGCUGCGUACGACGCGGAUGACGACACUGAGGCGAAAUUUUGUGCUGCCCUCAGGAGCCUGCUGGACAUUGUGGACGAGGAGCUGCGGCACAGUCUGCUGCUGCCCUUGUGCGAGCAGGAUGCUCAAAAGCGCGCCGACCUUUCGUGCAGGGGUCACACUGAGAGGUUGUCUGACCGGGACCUCAAGUACUCACAACAGGCCACACUUCCGAUGGACAAGGCAGACAGUGCGGAGCCGUGGCCAUCGGGUCCACCACACGAAAAUGGUCACGGUGGGCACAACAGCCGAGGUGAUGGCGGGGCUGCCAGGGACGGCACGUUGGAGGCCAUUGCCAGCACAGCGAGGCUACCAGCCGCGAGUUAUGCCAUGCUCGAGACCGACAUCCUAGGAGACAGCCCAGGUGAGAAUAAUGCCCGUGAAGGCAGCGUGACUCCGACGGGGACGCUGGAAGGACCCGGAGCUGCAGAAGAGGAACCCCUUUCCGAGACGGAGGCCCCCACGAGGGACGCGGCAGGGCGCCCCGAGGCCCCACCACGGAAAAAGGAGAAGAGGCGGUCCCACCUGGUGCCCAACCUACCAAUGCAGAAGCCCGUAAGCAACGGCCUUCCACCGACACCUAAGGUGCACAUGGGUGCCUGCUUCUCCAAGGUGUUCAACGGCUGCCCCCUCAAGGUCCUCUGCAGCACCAGCUGGAUACACCCCGAGACCAGGGAUCAGCACAUCUUGUUUGGCUGUGAGGAAGGCAUCUACACACUCAACCUCAACGAGAUUCACGACUCCUGUGUGGACCAGAUUUUUCCACGAAGGACAUCUUGGAUGUUUGUCAUCAAGGAUGUUCUCAUGUCAUUAUCAGGAAAGAACCAGCAACUGUACAGGCACGACCUCGCUGCGCUCCACGCAAGAGCCGGCCAGCGGUUCGGCUUGCCGGUCGGUCGGCUACCCGAGCGGCUAGUUCCCCGACGGUACGCAGCCACAACUAAGGUGGCAGACACCAAGGGUUGCAUACGGUGCUGUGUGGGUCGCAACCCUUACAACGGCUACAAGUACCUGUGCGGUCUGUCCCCCCAGGGAGUCUUCCUCAUGCAGUGGUACAACCCCCUCGCCAAGUUCAUGCUGCUCAAGCAAUUUGAGUGCAUGGUUCCAGCACGGUUAAGCGUGUUCGAGAUGAUCAUCACGCCAGACCUGGACUACCCUAUCCUGUGCGUUGGUGUCCGGAAAGGCUACGAUGGCUCCCAGCUGAAGCUGGACACCAUCGACCUCAACUCAUCGGCGUGCUGGUUUGGCUACAACGAAGACGAGGACUCGGACGGCCUGGAGACUAUGGUUCCGCGCCACGAGCUCCUGCAUGUAGUGCACGUGACGCAGAUCGACAGGGACACCGUGCUCGUCUGUUAUGACAAUCAAGUCAAGUUGUUGGACUUGGAAGGUCAGCUCAAGCCCAGCGAUGUGCAGCCUGCCGAGCUCCAUUUCGACUUCACGGUCGAGUACAUUGUGUGCUUGACGGACUGCGUGCUGGCCUUCCACAAACACGGCAUGCAGGGCCGGAGCUUCCUCAACAACGAGGUCGUCCAGGAGAUCAGCGACUCCACGCGCAUUUUCCGCGUCCUCGGAUCGGACAGCGCAAAGUAUUUUGGGUUCACGGCAGCCGACCCAACAUGCGAGCAGGCAGAAAGGAUCGUUGUGCUGGAGAGUAGAGCAACGGACACACCCACCGGACCUUCCAACAUCUACAUCCUUGCCGGACACGAGAAUAGUUACUAGGACAAUGGCCGUUUGGCAUCUGGUGUGCAGCCUUCGUGGGGCAGCCUAAGCAGUACAACUUGCAGGGAAGUUCACAACAAGGAGGAAGGUCACUCAGCUGCUUCCCGAGGCGUCGGUGUCGUUGCUGUGCUCCGUUGCUGAGCUUGGCAGAGUGAUACAAGACGCAAAAUACCAGUCCCUCCUUGCGCUCGCCGAGAAGUUUGUGCACACCCUCGUUGCGUGAAUCUUUCCUGCCUCCGGUUGCCACGCGCUCUGUGAUUCGAGGAACUUUGCACGGCGAUGACGUGGCAGAGGCAUCAAUUCCGGAGACAGUGGGACGUUGCUUCAAGUGGCGUGUUUCGUGUGUUUUUGCUGUGUGCGCAUACUGGUUUGAAUGAGAGGUACGGUAGUGAAGUUGCGAGUCAAUUAGGAUAUGCUGACGCAUUCGCACGUGUAUGGCUGCGUCCAGACGAAUUGUAAAUGAAAUACUAGGUGUGAGACAUGCGCAUGAUUUCUACACCUAAGCAACGUUAGGCAUGGUCGUCGUUCCCGAUGCAGGUGCUCUGUGGUGUGCUCGACGUUGCAGCGUCAGCAAGACAAGAAAGUCACCGAAGUUUGAGUUUCGGCGAAAGUGUGUCGUCUGCCGUCCGCCAGGUGUCACUGCUACUCAGAUGCUGAGGUGGAGUUCAUUUCUUGUUGACUGCAUUCUCUUCUAUUUGUAUUUUAAUUUCUCUUUACUCUAUGACACUGAGCUGUACAGAUGAAGUGAUUGUUCCCACUUCUUUCUCACUUCUUUAUUUUUUUUUAUCUCUUUCUCUUCUUUCCCCAUGUCCUGUCCAUGUCUACAGUAGCUCGGUAUUUAUUUGUGUACAUAUAUUGAAGCCUACACUUCUUCUUGUAUAGACAAAUGAAGUUACUCUUUGCAGAAGUGGUGGACGGAUGUGAGGGCUCGCUUCUUUUCAUAGGGGCGUUGAGUGACUCUGAAGAUUUUUUGUCCCCACUAGAGCGUCUCUCGUUUUAGGAUUGAUAGCAUUAACGAGCCGUCUAUAUGCAGCGUUGCACAAAGGGGCAUGUGCUUCAGCGACUAUUUUCUAUGAUUACACCUUAAACAGUUUUGUGUGGUGCUUUGUUGCGACAAUGUGCAGAGACUGCAAUAGGACCUAUAACCUUGUGAGUCAUGAGUGGAGAAAUAGUGGGAGGUCAUUUUAGAUACUGAUGGUAGUUGUUUUAGAUGCCGUGUGAAAUAGUGUAUCCAUAAGUCAACGUUAGCAGUUGUUACGUCCAAGCUAGCAGCCUUUCUUUUUUUCCUCACAGCAUGGUUGUAACUUGGUUUCCCUCGGUCUUUCAGGCAGAUCUUAAGUCGGUUUUAUCAAAAUAUACAGGACUUCGUUUGAGUUGUAUUGAGGUAGCGUGGCUGUAUUGGGCUUGAGUAGAUAACGUAUAUUGUUUGAUGAAAUGGUAACUGAUUCCACCAUUGAGCCUUAAGUAGGGAAAACCAGAUUAGAAUCGGAAGGGAGCUUUUAUGGUGAAGUAACCAUUACUGGAUGCCAAAUUGCUUGAAGAAGUAGUACUGGGUCAACCCUGUCACGUUUUAAGAAUUUCGAAGUGCAAUUUCAGAACUUUGUAAGUGGGUUACUGUAAGAGAAAACAUACAUUAGCUGUGUAAACUGUCUUUUGUGAUUUGCAAGGCUUUAAGAUUUGUAAUCUGCUUGGCAUUGGCUCGGUUCUCUCUUGCGUUAGAAACGCUUUGCCUUAGUAUUUAGGUUAUAUUGGAAACACCCGUACAUGAAAUGAGGGAACAGUGGCAUGAAAAAAUAUUGGGCGGUGUCCUAUUGCUGUAGCAUUCUGUUGCUUAGAAAUCUUAUUACUGCUUGUCUUAGGCAUUUAUGUUACCGAUAAAAGUCGAGAGGUUGAGAGAAACGCCGAGCACUAUGCAUCUCAAUGAGCCUGCCUUGCUUUCCCACAGCAGUGGUCGAGCUUUCCCCGAGAGCUUUACUCAGAUGUUAUUAUAACACCGUGUUGUGCUUUAUGAAACCAAUAGGCCAGACGCGGAAUGCCGAGUUGAAAGCGAUGAAGGCCGAUUGAACGGAUUUGUUGACACAAGGCUGCAUGCCAGCUGUCAACGUGUUUCGAAAAAUCGCCAAAAGUUUUUAAGUAAGUGCAGUGUUCCUGUUUUACAUAGCACUGGAAAAUUCAGUGAGACAAUGAAGUCACAAUCACUCCUUUUGGGAAACCUAAAACUCUGCACAGUUGUUGCAUUUUGCAACAUUCCAAUGAGUCGUGCUGAUGGGUAAAUGAAAUAGAGGUAUGCUGCCUUCGAAGAGCACGUUACGGUUGAGAGGGGAAGAUUUAAUAGUAAAAACUGGGACAGCCGCAUUGAUAAUCCUAAUUUAAAGCUAAAGCUGAAAAUCCGUCUUGGUAUUGUACCGUUUAACCCAGGGGUGGCCAUACAGGCAUACUGAGAGUCUCCAGAGAGCUCACAUGAUGGCUCGGAGUCGCAGCAAAACCCAAGAGUUUUUUUUAAAGGCUGACCAUAUGCAGCAUUUUAACUGCUUUUCUUCACUGUCAAACUCUGGUCUGGUUUGCAAAAACAAAUGCAUAAAUUUGUGUGACAUACUUGAUUCCUCAAACGCUAACAGUAUUUUGAUUGAAUCCCCAAGGGUUACGGGCCACAAGCAGACCUGAAAAAUACCACAUGCGGCUCUGAGGCUGCCCUUUGUCCACCCCUAAUCUAAACAACUCCAGCUUUAUAUUUAAUCACACUUUCUCUGAUUCGAAUGAAGUUCUUGCAGAUACGCUGUCUCUGCUUUCAAACAAUGUCCCGAUUCAAGUGUUACCUCUUGUAUUCCAUAUCACAGCUGCUAGUUUUAACUAUAACAUAGGCAGAGCUGUCAUUACUCUUUCGGUGUGCAAAUUCCAGUGGAUUGGACUAGGCUUGGUUUUGGUGAUGGGCUAUUCAGACUGGCACGUACCACUCGCCUUCAAAGUACAACUCUGUGCUUAAGACUGCGUUGAACUGCAGUAAUGUCACUGAGUGAAUUGAGACAGUUGAUAUGGAGUGUUCCUCGUGUGAGGAAAAAUUUGUUUGUGAGGCACUUGUUGCUUGAAAAGGCUAGCUGAAUGGGUCUAUGAGAAGUGAACAGGCUGCAGGCCUACUUGUAAUGUCAGUGAAGGCCAGUGCCUUUUGUAUCGUCGACCAUAGCUGCGAGCCACGCGAGCUUUCAGCACACAACCAGGUGCGUACAUUGUCAAACUGCUCCCCAGGUCUAACAAGUGAGUCUCGCGAAACAGCGCAAAGAUGUGUCAUUUUAGAGUGUCUAGAAUAGAUCAUUUUGCAAGGAUUCAAUCUCAAGAAAAUUUCAAAUUCCAAUUCUUCUAACUGAAAGAUUUUAGUUAGCUUAGGUAGUUGAAGUAUCAUAACUUUCGAAACAUCGGGCCUGAUAAGUCGUAAUGAACGAGACCGUGUUUUGCUUGUUAGUGCUGACAAAUGCUAUAUUGAGGUGGCACCGAAGAUUCUGCAAUGAAUUUGUGAUUCUUAUAUCUCUUAAUUUGCAUUCGCAGGGAUGCUGUCUUGUCAUUCAUCUCACAAAGUACCUAUGUUGUCUCACAAAUAUUGUGACUUGCUUUCAUUUAGAGACAUAUAGGAGCAAGAAAAGAAUUGUUGGUAUGCAAAUAUCUGUUCCCAUAAGCAUUGAUAAUUUUGUUGACGAUCACCUUUCAUGAAAUUCUCAGUCAUGAACAGAAAAACCUGUGGUUCCUAGGAACUUGAAUCAACGGUGGUUCACCUUAGCUGAAGGUUUCACAAAGCAAGGUUUCUUUUAUAAUUGGUUUCACUAACGGCAGUUGAGUCGUUUAGGAAGUAGAGAAGGCGGGCACAAUGUGAGUGUCGAACAAUCAAACCAAUUGACAAAGCAGGAGGAGCUGCUUUUGACACUGUACAUACCUGAGAAAAAUUGUAGAAGCCACUCCUCAUACAAAUAUACAAAUAAAACUACUAGAGCAUACAAAUAACCCAUAAGAUGAACUAUUUUCAACAGUCAAUGGAAUCUAUUUAGAUAGCAUGCAGAGGCUUCAAGGUUUUCAGCUAUACUGUUCGAGUGAAGAGGUAAACUAGAUAUAAGAUUCGAGAUUUUUGAGCUUGCAGCGUCGCGACUUUGUCGAUACAAGAUACGAGCAUCGUCGCUAGCUUUUUAAAACGAGUCGGAUAUUAAUUUUUGACGGACAUUUGAGUAUUGGGCUAUUUAUGGGGACGCAGCACUUCUUGGGGAUAUUUAUUAGCUUGUUUAAUACUCCGUUUUGUUUUUCCUGAUGAUUCCCGUGGCUAAUUUUUUUUCCGCUCCUGUUCAUUUUUAUUUCCGGAGGCUUCCAAAUUUAAGGAGAACCUUAGGCUAGACUAGUCUGCAUUCAUUCUUUAUUCUCGUAUUCACGGCAGACCAGCUGACAAACUAUCAAUGUAAAUAGGUGAACAAAGUUUUGCUAGUGUAGUUUAGCUUAAUGGCAGGCUUGUCAUGUGGCAGCUGUAUCCACAGCCCUAGCCAUAGCCAUAACAGCCUGUGUUGCGUGUAACUGUCAUAACAGUUUGGACAGACCUCCGUGAUGUCACUUGUGCACAAAACAGUCUGUGUAGUCAACAAAUUGUGCGCUUUUAUCAUGGGUCGCCAUGCAGCGCAUGCAUUUGCACUUUCUUUUGUUUCCUCUGCUACUUCAUCGCGGAUGCUAUAAAACAGCUCUACCGGUGCGUCUUAAGUCUUGUUUAAACUGCUGUCAUUAGUCAGCCCAUGCGCUUUGUGAAAGUACAGUUGACAUUGUACAGACUACUAAAUGAUGCUGUCGGGGAAACUACAUUUUGCUUCAGAUUUUCGUGUCAAAUUAAAGAAGAGUUAGGUUGAAAAAAAGAGUGCAUGGAUUGGACAGUAUUUCUGGCACUAGUUAAAUUUUUUUUAUUGGUUGCGUACUUGCCUUCCUACUCAUUCAUUCUAGGCAUUAUUGGUCGUCGUCCUGUAGUGCAGUCUGCAAACAAGGAACUCAAGCACUGAUCAACCUGUGCUCACUUGCAGUUCUGCUGACAAUUGUUUUAACUCAUCCAGUGUUAGGGAUAGCGGUUAUGACGGUGUACAUAGUGUAAACAAACUGCCCAGCUCUUAGGAUCAAACGCAAUCCUGGUUGUUUCACAUCAUGCCCACAUUUGUGUAUCCACAUACCUGUUACAGUGAGCAUGCCAGUGCAGGAAUGUUUCUCUGAGCAAGUGUGUUUUCAACCGAUUUGAAAGUGCUUCAGUUAGCUCGGCUGAACAAACUGAAGCAGUUUGGUUCGGAAAUGCGUUGACUGUACCGUGACGUGACGAGGAAAGCAAACCUUGUUGUAUGGUUUGAGGUAGCUGGGUUGUUGAUCUUUGUUAGACUUGAAUCGUUAAAAAGCCUGUUAAGUGUUAUAGUUUUCAGAAAACAGCAAGAAAAAAAAAAGGACAGUUAGGGCUUGGCUAACUUGUAUUGGGGCGUUAGCUUUAACUGAAGGGCCAUUUGAUCUGUCGUGGGCAUCGCAUAAGCUGGAGGGCACAUGAUAUCUACAGCUUUUGUCGUUGUUGCAGUACACUUAUACAAGCUGCUGAAAAGGAUUUGAACACACGGUCCUUUUUUUUUUUGUGAAGUUGAUUGGGUGGUACACUCACCUCUGUCGGUGACUUGUUUGUCCAUCUUUAUGCAAUGUUUCGCAUUGCUUAAUAUCAGUGCAUUUUGACCCAUUCUUACCCUUGUGUGCUGGGGAUGCCUUCCUUACUUGACGUUCACUGACUUAAGUGCGCAUCUACUAUGAGCUUCUCUGCUUUGGCUCGGAUUUGGGAUGCUCGGGAACUGCUGAGUGCUCGAAAGAGCUGCUUACGUGAAAUUCUUGCAUAGUUUGUUUCUUUUACUCUGCUCAAGUUUCUGAGCUUCUGACUAUUUCUCGAAACUUUUUGUCGAUCAUCGUGACAUUCUGCACACUGUGCGAAAAUAUAUGUGAUACAGAUUGGACCAAAAUUCUAUUUACGCUUUGGCUGAUGCCACUGUACAUCCUUGUUUUGUACGUUUGAAGUUUCCGUAGUGUAUCUUCAGUGGAAGUCACCACAUUUUUUUUAUGUAGCACUUUGUGUGUCGUAUCGAAAAUUGACCGUUGAAUUCUAGGUGCAACCUCGUAUGGAUCAGAGUGGUCGCCAAGUUGAAACAGUCAAACAGGCCAGCAGAGACAUUCGCGGUUUUGUGACGUACGUUGGGGUUGCAAUGCCCGUGUAGUUAUACUCUCGGUAUUUGAACUUUGUUUUUCCCUGUGUGUAUGUGUGUAAACACAUUACUGCUUGUAAUGGUUUUGACAAAUCUGAAACCUCCUGUAGGCUUCCUUCACGGUUGCUGCGCAUGAAUCUGUAUUAUAUAUAUAUGUAUGUAUGUAUACGAGUGUGUACACAAUUUUGCUAGCUGUGAUGUUAGGAUUGCCACAUUUACGUUGAUGCUUUUUAUUUUCGUAGACUCCACCUGUUUCCUCUUGUGUUUUUUUUAAUGCCCAGUGGAGGUACGAGGAGUAUAAGAGUGGUGUAAUAAAUGAGAGUUCAAUGCAAGCCUAA